GCUUCACUGUUCCAUCUUUCUACCUAAAAGCAAACUUCAUUGUUGCAGAAACCAAAACAAAAAUAUGAAACUCCAAAGCUUCUUUAGCUAUGUAUUGAUCUUCUUCACUACCAUUACCUUACUUCUAUCAAGUUCUCAUCCGGUUUCAGCUAACCAGACCAAUCAAGCCGGUUUCCUCCAAUGUCUCUCUCUCCGGUUUAACGACUCUAACAUCGUUUCAAGAGUCAUACACACACCAAACGACACUUCUUUCUCCUCUGUCUUAGCUUCAUCAAUACAGAAUCCAAGAUUCUCUGCUCCUGAUACACCUAAACCGGUUUUAAUCCUAACUCCGGUUCAACCUUCCGAUGUUCAAUCAGCGGUUAAAUGCGCACGCCGGUUCGAUAUCCACAUCAGAACCCGAAGCGGAGGACACGAUUACGAAGGCCUUUCUUACGUUACCCACAAACCCUUCGUAAUCCUCGAUUUAAGUAACCUCCGGUCUAUCACAAUCGACAUCGAUAACCGGUCGGUUUGGGUCCAAACCGGAGCCACGAUCGGUGAACUAUACUACGAAAUCGGAAAAAAGAAUCGAACUUUAGCGUUCCCCGCCGGAGUUUGCCCCACCGUCGGCGUCGGAGGACACUUCAGCGGCGGAGGCUACGGUACUUUACUGAGAAAACACGGUUUAGCAGCCGAUCACGUGAUAGACGCACGUGUUGUCGACGCAAGAGGGAGGGUUCUUGAAAGACGAGAGAUGGGUGAAGAUUUCUUCUGGGCGAUUCGUGGAGGUGGUGGAUCAAGCUUUUGCGUUGUACUUUCAUGGAAGAUCGGUUUAAUCAAUGUUCCAUCAACAGUAACUGUCUUCAACGUCACGAAAUUCUCAGAACAGAGUUCUUUAAAGAUCAUUCAUCGUUGGCAAUUUGUGGCUGAUAGAGUCUCUAAUGAUUUAUUCAUACGAGUUAUGUUGCAGAGAUACAAGAACAUGGUUCGAGCUUCGUUUCCGGGUCUGUAUCUUGGUUCGGUUAACAAUCUGUUGAAAAUGGUUAACCGGGAAUUUCCUGAAUUGGGUUUGGAGGAAGAUGAUUGUCAAGAGAUGAGUUGGAUUGAGUCAGUGGUUUGGUUUGCUGAGUUAGGAGAAGAACCUAUUGAUGUUCUUAGUAAACGUACACGAGCGUCGUUGGCUUUCAAGGCUAAAUCUGAUUUUGUUCAAGAACCAAUGCCUAAAACCGCGAUUUUGAAGUUGUGGAGACGGUUGCAAGAACCGGAGGCAGAGCAUGCUCAGCUAAUUUUCACUCCAUUUGGUGGUAAAAUGAGUGAGAUUGCGGAUUACGAGACGCCAUUUCCGCAUCGAAAGGGGAAUAUAUAUGAGAUUCAGUACUUGAAUUACUGGAGAGAAGACGUGAAAGAGAAGUAUAUGAGGUGGGUGGAGAGAGUUUACGAUGAAAUGAGUGAGUUUGUGGCGAAGUCUCCGAGAGGAGCUUAUAUAAAUCUAAGAGAUCUUGAUUUGGGGAUGUAUGUUGGAGGUAAGAUGAGUAAGUACGAGGAAGGGAAGAGUUGGGGAGUGAAGUAUUUUAAGAAUAAUUUCGAGAGAUUGGUGAGAGUUAAGACAAGUGUUGAUCCUUUUGAUUUCUUCUCUGAUGAACAGAGCAUUCCUCCUUUUAAAUCUGUUGAAGUUAUUUGAAAGAUUCAAGAUUCUGUACCUGAAACAGAGAGCUAGAGUAGUAUAGUGAAGUGUUUGGUUGGUUAGGUAUAUGUGAUCUAGUCAAGUCUAGAUGAAAAUGAAGUUCUUUUUUUUUU